AAUUCUGCUGUGUAACUUCUCCGACUGAACAAUAAUUUUCUCCACGUAUUUAAGCCGUAUUCUUUCGUCCGCAUUACCGUAGAUCAGCCAGUCUUGAACACUUACAAGAUUUUACCAGAGAUUUGUAAACAUUUUCUUACGAAAAUGAACAACGUGACAGUGUUUGUGGCCUUUUCUUUAUUGUCCUGUGUUUUGGCUGGAGUUCAGGUGGACACAAUAACGAACGGGGACGGAACAAAUUUUCCCCAGACGGGACAAACGGUGACUGUCCAUUAUACCGGGACGUUAACGGACGGGACCAAAUUUGACUCCUCGCGCGAUCGAAAUCAGCCAUUCAGUUUUCACAUCGGACAAGGCGAAGUCAUUAAGGGUUGGGACGAGGGUGUUGCCCAGAUGAGUUUAGGGCAGCGCGCUAAGCUGACCAUUUCAUCGGAUUAUGGCUACGGACAAGCCGGCAUUCCGGGCGUGAUCCCACCGGAUUCCACUUUGAUUUUUGAUGUGGAACUGCUCGGUAUUCAGUAGAAAUUUUUAUGGCAUGUUUCUUGUUAUGUUUCGCGCACUUUGCGAAAUAUUUUUGUUAUAAUUUUGGCCUGGAUGGUUUUUAUUCUCUUGGGUUAAACGCGUUGUUGUUUUUGUUUUGCUUUAAAACUGAUGUUUGCUACUGGCUUUUGUUUGUUAUUUUCUACGGAAAUUAUCUUACCGAAAAAUAAGCAGGUAACAUAAAAAUAAGGGAAAUAUCUCUCA